AUGCCAUUACCCCAGAUAAAUAAUGACGCAUUCCAUACUAAUUGCGAGAUAAAAAAGAUAAAGCAUAUUCGCUAUCUGGUAUUAUUAGUGAGAAAUAGGCUGUUAUCUAUCUAUCUAUCUAUCUAUUCUAUUUAUCUAUGUCAUUAUGUUCAUUUUCUAUCUAUCUAUCUAUCUAUCUAUCUAUCUCUGUGUUCAUUAUCUAUCUAUCUAUCUAUCUAUCUAUCUCACACUAUUCUAUCCAUCUAUCUAUCUAUCUAUCUAUCUCACACUAUUCUAUCUAUCUAUCUAUCUAUCUAUCUAUCUAUCUCACCCUAUUCUGACUAUCUAUCUAUCUAUCUAUCUGCAUAUAUAUCUUACGCUAUUUAUACGUACCGACCAAUCUCACUCUGUGCUAUCUAUCUAUCUAUGAGUUGUCUCUCCUUGAAUUCGAAACGCUAUCUAUCUAUCUAUCUAUCUAUCUAUCUAUCUAUCUAUCUAUGUCGCCUUCUUUCUUUCUUUCUUUCUUUCUUUCUUUCUUUCUUUCUUUCUUUCUUUCUUUCUUUGUCACCUUCUUUUCUUUUCUAUCUAUCUAUCUCAUUCUUUUCAAAACUUCUAUUCGUCGAAAACAAAGAAAUCUUUUUUCCAUACAUUCACUUUAAUAUGAUGAAGAGAUUUUACGAGGAAAAAAAUUGCUUAUUAUAUCUAUCUAUCUAUCUAUCUAUCUAUCUAUCUAUCUAUCUAUCUCUUUUUAAAACUCUCUCUCUCUCUCUCUCUAUCUAUCUAUCUAUCUAUCUAUCUAUCUAUCUAUCUAUGUCAGUGGUAACACAUCUAUCUAUCUAUCUAUCUAUCUAUCUAUCUAUCUAUCUCGGUCUUGGUAACACAUCUAUCUAUCUAUCUAUCUAUCUAUCUAUCUAUCUCGGUUUGUUUAUCUAUCUAUAUAUCUAUCUAUCUCAAUCUAUCUAUCUAUCUAUCUAUCUAUCUAUCUAUGCCAGUGGUAACACAUCUAUCUAUCUAUCUAUCUAUCUAUCUAUCUAUCUAUCUAUGUCAGUGGUAACACAUCUAUCUAUCUAUCUAUCUAUCUAUCUAUCUAUCUAUCUCUUUUUAAAACUCUCUCUCUCUCUCUAUCUAUCUAUCUCGGUCUGUUUAUUUAUCUAUCUGUCUAUCUAUGUCAGUGGUAACACAUCUAUCUAUCUAUCUAUCUAUCUAUCUAUCUAUCUAUCUAUCUAUCUAUCUAUCUAUCUAUCGUACAGCUUAUUUAUGGCUAUCUAUCUAUCUAUCUAUCUAUCUAUCUAUCUAUCUAUCUAUCUCACUCUUUUCAACAAUCUCAUUCUAUCUAUCUAUCUAUCUAUCUAUCUAUCUAUCUAUCUAUGUCUUUUGAACAAUCUCAUUCUAUCUAUCUAUCUGUUUUACUCUUUUCAACAAUCUCAUUCUAUCUAUCUAUCUAUCUAUCUAUCUGAUUAUGCUUAUUAUCUGUCUAUCUCUUUAUAUUCAUUAUCUAUCUAUCUAUCUAUCUAUCUAUCUAUCUAUCUAUCUAUCUAUCUAUCUAUCCCUACGUACGAUCUAUCUAUCUAUCUAUCUAUCUAUCUAUCUAUCUAUCUAUCAAGCGAGCGGAGAUCGAAGGAUGUCGAUAAUGAUCUAUCUAUCUAUCUAUCUAUCUAUCUAUCUAUCUAUCUAUCUAUCUAUCUAUCAGAGAUCGAAGGAUGUCGGAUCUAUCUAUCUAUCUAUCUAUCUAUCUAUCUAUCUAUCUAUCUAUCUAUCUAUCAAGCGAGCGGGAGAUCGAAGGAUGUCGAUAAUGAUCUAUCUAUCUAUCUAUCUAUCUAUCUAUCUAUCUAUCUAUCUAUCUAUCUAUCUAUCUAUCAAUCGGGAGAUCGAAGGAUGUCUAUCUAUCUAUCUAUCUAUCUAUCUAUCUAUCUAUCUAUCUAUCUAUCUAACACUGUCCAUAUCUGUCACCUUCUUUUCAUCUAUCUAUCUAUCUAUCUAUCUAUCUAUCUAUCUAUCCGCCGAGCAAGCAGAGAAACUGAUGAUGAUGAGGAUGAUGAUGAUCUAUCUAUCUAUCUAUCUAUCUAUCGAAGGAUGAGGGAUGAUGAUGAGGAUGAUGAUGAUCUGUUUAUCUAUCUAUCUAUCUAUCUAUCGAAGGAUGAGGGUGAUGAUGAUAAUGAUCUAUCUAUCUAUCAAAGGAUGAUGAGGAUGAUGAUGAUGAUCUAUCUAUCUAUCUAUCUAUCAAAGGAUGAUGAUGAGGAUGAUGAUGAUCUGUUUAUCUAUCUAUCUAUCUAUCGAAGGAUGAGGGAUGAUGAUGAGGAUGAUCUGUUUAUCUAUCUAUCUAUCUAUCUAUCUAUCUAUCGAAGGAUGAGGGAUGAUGAGGAUGAUGAUGAUGAUCUAUCUAUCUAUCAAAGGAUGAUGAUGAGGAUGAUGAUGAUCUGUUUAUCUAUCUAUCUAUCUAUCUAUCUAUCGAAGGAUGAGGGUGAUGAUGAUGAUUAUCUAUCUAAGGAUCAAAGGAUGAUGAGGAUGAUGAUCUAUCUAUCUAUCAAAGGAUGA